AUGCCUAAGAAGGCUGCUUCCACUCCAACUGCCACACCCGCGCUAAAGAAGUCAUCCUCCACUGGGGGACAAAAAACACUACUGGGCUUCUUUCAGAAGACUCCCUCCUCGAGCUCACCCGCGGCCCCAAGUGCCCGGCCUGCAGCUGCUGCCUCGACGCCUGCAACAUCCAAGAGCCGGUCGAAGACAGUCAAUACCACGUCGGGUUCCAGUUUGACACCAGUGGCCUCGAGUGAUGCCUUGGAACCCGAACAUGAGGACAUACCAAAUACGAAGGCAAGUCUGCCGCCGUCCAGGAGUCUGCCAUCGCCAGUCUCAGCUGACGGCGAGCAGACUAAUGGCACGGGCGACCUGACGAGCCGGGGCACGCCGUCCCGAAGAGCCAAGACGAAGAAGAUCAAUUACUUAGAGUCAGACAGCGAGGGAACCGACGGUGACGACGUGUUCAAACCCAAAGCUGCGCCCAAAUCUCGACCUACUAAACGCAGACGCCUCUUUGAUAGUGACUCAGAGGAUGUCUACGAACAGGAGAAUGAGUUGGAGCAAGAGGAUGAUAUUGACGACUUCAUUGCCCCGGACGACUCUGAGGACGAGGUUCGUCCGAUCAAGCGCAAGCGGUCAUCCAAGAGCACUUCAAGAACCGCAUCUUCUCAUUUCGUUCCUACCGCCGAUGAGGGACGGGAUUUGGAAGUGGACGAUGUCGACGUUCCAGAAGGCAGUUCGACUGCUCAACAGUGGACUUACGAUCCCGAGAAACCUCAGCCUCUGCAACAACGACCUACCAACAUCCCGCCCAAACAGCCCAGUGGAAAGAAACAGAAAGCACACAUGACCGAGCCCGAGCAGCGACACGCUUGGCUCGAGGACGUCAGAGACAUUGACCGCAAUCCUCCUGGUCAUCCUGAUUACGAUCCAAGGACUUUGUAUAUUCCGCCCAUGGCGUGGAGAAACUUCUCUCCAUUCGAGAAGCAGUAUUGGGAGAUCAAGCAGAAGUUCUGGGAUACCAUUGUGUUUUUCAAGAAGGGCAAGUUCUAUGAACUUUACGAGAAUGACGCCACAAUUGGUCACCAACUGUUCGAUUUGAAAUUGACGGACCGCGUCAACAUGAGAAUGGUUGGCGUCCCGGAGUCGAGCCUGGAACUGUGGGCAAACCAGUUUGUUGCAAAGGGAUUCAAAAUUGCUCGAGUUGACCAGCAAGAAACCGCUCUCGGAAAGGACAUGCGUGAACGAGACGAGAAAUCAAAUGGCAAAAAGAGCAAGGAAGACAAGGUGAUCAAGCGAGAGCUGGCUUGUGUUUUGACGGCCGGCACCUUAGUCGACGGUGCCAUGCUUCAGGAUGAUAUGUCGACCUAUUGCGUCGCUAUCAAGGAGUCAGAGAAGGAUGACCUGCCUUCAUUUGGAGUGGCAUUUGUCGAUACAGCCACAGGACAGUUCAAUGUCUCUGAGUUCAUUGACGAUGCAGACCUCACCCGAUUUGAGACCUUCAUUGCUCAGACGAGACCACAAGAGCUCUUACUCGAGAAAUCUGGCAUCACCACCAAGACACUGCGGAUCCUUAAGAACAACACUGGUCCCACAACCAUCUGGAAUUAUCUGAAACCCGGCAAAGAAUUCUGGGAAGGCCAUAUCACAGCCAAAGAGAUAGAAGCAGAGGACUACUUUCCUACAGGCUGGCCGACCGUCUUGGAAGAGGCUCGAGAGAAAGAUCUCCUGAUGUCCGCCCUUGGGGCUCUUAUCCAAUACCUACGGACGCUCAAGAUCGAGCGGGAUCUGAUCACCAUGGGCAACUUCACGUGGUACGACCCUAUUAGAAAGGCCACAAGUCUCGUCCUUGACGGUCAAACCCUGAUUAACCUGGAAGUCUUCGCCAAUUCCUUCGAUGGUGGUAUCGAAGGCACACUGUUUCAACUUCUCAAUCGCUGCGUCACACCCUUUGGAAAACGUAUGUUUAAGCAAUGGGUCUGCCAUCCACUCAUGGACACCAAAAAGAUCAAUGCCCGACUGGACGCUGUCGACUCACUGAACGCGGAUGCAAAGGUCAGAGACCGAUUCACCUCGCAAAUGACUAAGAUGCCGGAUCUAGAGAGAUUGAUCUCUCGUGUCCAUGCUGGAACCUGCAAAGUCCAAGACUUUGUCAAAGUCCUUGAGGGCUUCGAACAGAUUGACCAUACCAUGUCGCUGCUACGCGACGGCACAGGUCGACCCUCAGACAGCGAAGGUGUCAUCGGGCAGCUCAUCUCGGCCAUGCCGGACCUCGGGCCCCGUCUAAAGUAUUGGCACGACGCCUUCGACCGCCCAAAGGCAAAAGAAACAGGCAUACUAGUCCCUGAGCCUGGCGUGGAAGAGGACUUUGAUAAUUCUCAAGCCACGAUAGACUCUAUUAACAAGAAAUUCGACACCCUCAUCAGCAAAUGGCGUGGCGAGCUGGGGUCCAAUAAAAUCUGCUACCGCGACAACGGCAAGGAAAUCAUGCAGAUGGAAGUUCCGCUCAAGGUCAAGGUUCCUGCCAGUUGGGAUCAAAUGUCUGCUACCUCCACAGUCAAACGGUAUUACUUCCCUGAACUGCGCGCCCUGGUGAGAAAGCUGCAAGAAGCGCAAGAAACUCAUUCCCGAGUCGUCAAAGACGUUGCUCGCAAAUUGUACGCCAAAUUUGACGAGAAUUACGAAAUUUGGCUCGCAGCGGUAAAAAUCAUUGCCCAACUCGAUUGUCUGAUUUCCCUGGCGAAAGCGAGUACCAGCCUAGGCCAUCCCAGCUGCCGCCCCGAGUUUGUGGAUGAAGACCCGGAAACCGGCAAGGCGACGCUUGAACUCGUCGACCUGCGCCAUCCCUGCCUUCUCACAAAAGUGGACGACUUCAUUCCCAAUGAUAUCGUCCUCGGUGGCGCGAGCCCGAAUCUCACACUGCUGACUGGCGCAAAUGCGGCCGGGAAAUCUACAGUCCUCAGGAUGACUUGUAUCGCGGUGAUCAUGGCUCAGAUCGGAUGCUAUCUCCCGUGCGCGUCCGCCCGACUCACCCCGUUCGAUCGCAUCAUGUCCCGCCUUGGGGCGCAAGAUCACAUCUUUGCCGCACAAUCGACCUUUUUCGUCGAGCUGGCCGAGACGAAGAAGAUCCUCGCCGAAGCCACGCCGCGCAGCCUCGUCAUCCUCGACGAACUCGGCCGCGGCACGUCCUCGCACGACGGCGUCGCCGUGGCGCAAGCCGUCUUGCACCACCUCGCCACGCAUGUCGGCUGUCUGGGCUUCUUCGCCACACACUACCACAGCUUGAGCCAAGAGUUCGCGCACCAUCCCGAAGUCUGUGCCAAGAGGAUGAAGAUCCUGGUUGACGAUGCGGACCGCCGCGUCACGUUCUUGUACAAACUUGAGGAAGGUACCGCGGAAGGGAGUUUCGGCAUGCACUGCGCGAGUAUGUGUGGGAUUCGAGAGGGGGUCAUCGAACGGGCAGAAGAAGCGGCCAAGCAGUGGGAGAUUAGCCACGUCAUGCACGCGCAGCUGAACAGAGGGGCUGACAAGAAGGAGGAGGAUACGUUGGAAGAACCUCCAUUGGGCAUCCUCAGCGACGUUGCCUGGAUUUUGAAGGCCAAGGAAGAGGGCAUUGGUGACCGCGCCCUGGAGGUCUUGAUGAAGUGUAUUGAGGCGUUGUGA